AUGGUGCCAAUAAGGGACGACAGGCUUCCAUUUCUGGUCAAGGUUCAUAACUGGAACAGGUUUAAUGCCAACACAGGGGGAACUCUGGUGGAGAAAUGCUGCCACUUCUUUGAUCUCAUGAGGCUGUUUGCUGGAGCGAAUCCUGUUCGAGUCAUGGCUUCUGGCGGUAUUGAUGUUAACCACAAGGAUGAAAUCUAUGACGGGAAGGUACCUGAUGUUAACGACAAUGCAUAUGUGAUCACCGAGUUUGAUAACGGCUCAAGAGGGAUGCUUGACCUUUGCAUGUUUGCUGAAGGGAAUAAAUAUGAGCAGGAAACAUCAGUUGUUGGUGAUAUUGGGAAGGGGGAGGGUUUCGUGCCGGAAAACGUCGUGCGGUUUGGUUCUCGAGUUGCUGGUAGAGAUGGCGUAAAGACCCUGAUAGCUGAGGAUGAAAGAAUAAAAACACUGAAAUUGCAUCAUGGAUCAAGCUACUUGGAACACCUUUACUUUCUGGCUUCAGUAAGAACUGAAGGUGAGAAAGUUCCUGCCGCGGAUCUGCAAGAUGGACUGAUAUCAGUAGCUAUUGGAGUUGCAGCACAACUUUCAAUCGAGGAGGAUCGAUUUGUUCAAUGA